AAGUAAUAUAUGAAAUAUGAAUAUCUUAACCCCCUACUAUUUAACAUCUGAAAUUAAACAUCCACACAAAAAAGAGAGUCAAGCAAUGGAGCUAGCAAAUUCACUUUCUUUCACCUUCCCAAUUCUGGCAAUUCUGCUUACAGUAACUGGUUUAUGGAUGAGUGCUCUUGGAGUUAUAGCUGCUUCAACUCCAGUUCAAGUUAGUUUUCAUCAGUGUCUAUCUCGGAAUUCAGACAGUCCCAUUCCAUUCUCCAAAACCUUUUACACACCUAACACCUCUUCCUUUACAUCACUUCUCGAAUCUACUGCACAAAACCUCAGGUUUACGCUACCUUCUGUUCCAAAACCUCAGCUUAUUUUCGUGCCAUCUAACAUUUCCCAUAUCCAAGCUGCGGUUAUUUGCUCAAAACAACUUGGGAUUCAGCUACGAGUACGUAGUGGUGGCCAUGACUAUGAAGGCUUAUCUUAUGCAUCAGAUACAAACCAACCAUUUCUUCUACUUGAUCUUUCAAAAUUCAAAUCCAUCAUCGUCGAUAUUGAAGAUAACUCUGCUUGGGCUGAAGCAGGUGCAACCAUCGGUCAAGUCUAUUAUAGAAUAGCUCAGAAGAGUAAAAUUCAUGGAUUUCCAGCUGGCCUUUGUACGAGUGUAGGCAUUGGAGGCCACAUUACAGGAGGUGGCUAUGGUCCUCUGAUGAGGAAAUAUGGACUUGCAGCAGACAAUGUUGUUGACGCUCAGCUGGUUGAUGCUAAUGGACUAAUUCUUGAUCGAAAAUCCAUGGGCGAAGAUUUGUUUUGGGCCAUCAGAGGAGGCGCAGGGGGAAGUUUUGGAAUCAUCAUCUCCUGGAAGAUAAAGCUAGUUACGGUUCCAUCAAUUGUCACAGUUUUCGACUUUGCCAAGACCAUGGACCAAGACACGACCAAGCUACUGUAUAAAUAUCAGCAAAUUGCACAUGAAAUUGACGAAGAUCUUUUCAUCAGAGUCAAUUUUCGACUUGUGGAUGCAGCUAGAAAGGGCGAAAAAACAGUACAGACAUAUUAUAAUGCAUUGUUUCUUGGCGGAAUUGACAGACUACUCAAGGUCAUGAACAAGAGCUUUCCCGAAUUGGGAUUAAAGAAAGAAGACUGUACCGAGAUGAGUUGGCUUGAAUCUGUUCUUUUCAUAUCUGCAUCAUACCGAUACAAUACAAGUUUAGAAGCUCUGAUUGAAGGUAGAUCUCCAGCCAGGAGUUCUUUCAAAGCAAAGUCUGAUUAUGUGCAAAAAGCGAUAUCGAAAACAGGACUCGAAGGUCUACUAAACAGGUUUGUUCAGGACGAUAUUCCUUCCAUGAUAUGGACUCCAUACGGUGGAACGAUGAGUCAAAUUUCAGAAUCUGAAAUUCCUUUCCCUCAUAGGAAGGGAAACAGGUUUAUGAUUCAGUACAUAACAGCCUGGGUUGCUGAUGAUAAGGACGUAGAAGCAAAACACUUGGGCUGGAUACGCAAUCUCUACAACUACAUGGAAAGAUAUGUUUCAAGAUCUCCGAGAGCUGCAUAUGUGAAUUACAGAGAUCUUGAUUUGGGAAUCAACAAAGAUCGAUCCACAAGUUUCCUAGAGGCAAGUUCUUGGGGUACCAAGUAUUUCAACAACAAUUUUUUAAGAUUAGCAAGUAUAAAAAGUAGGAUUGAUCCGGACAACUUUUUUUACCAUGAACAAAGCAUUCCAAAAUAUGAGUCGAAAAUCAAGAGAGGAGAUAGUCAUCUUAACUUGGAUCAUUUGGCUAGUCAUUGACAUUGACGUUAAAGUUAUCAAAAGAAUGAAAUGUGUCCGGUUUGCUAAUAAAUAAAGUAGUAAUUUUUUUAUGAAA